AUAUACAUUAUACAUACGCAUCAACAACAACAACACUGUAUGUAGAGUGUAUAUCUAUUUUCAAGAAAAGAAAUCUUGAAAUCUUUUUUCUGUUACAACAAAUGAUGAUGCCAAGAAGAAAUGUUGUUUUCAUGUUUGCUCUGUUUUCAGUGAUCAGUAGCAUCAAUGGGGAAGACCCAUAUAGGUUUUUCACUUGGAAAGUUACUUAUGGUGACAUUUAUCCUUUGGGUGUUAAACAACAGGGAAUAUUGAUAAAUGGCCAAUUUCCAGGACCUCAGAUCAAUUGCGUCACUAAUGAUAACUUGAUUAUCAGUGUCUACAAUUACUUGAAUGAGCCUUUUCUACUUUCUUGGAACGGGCUACAACACCGAAGAAACUCCUGGCAAGAUGGUACUUAUGGUACAACUUGUCCAAUCCCGCCAGGCAAGAACUUCACAUACAUGCUUCAAGCAAAGGAUCAGAUUGGUAGCUUCUUCUACUUCCCCUCACUUGGCCUGCAGAAGUCUGCGGGAGGUUAUGGAGGCAUUAAAAUCUAUAGCCGCCCUCGUAUUCCAGUACCAUUCCCUUUCCCUGCAGGAGAUCACACUGUUCUUGCUGGUGAUUGGUAUAAAAAAGGCCAUCAGAGACUAAGACACAUAUUGGACAUGGGCCGCAGCAUUUCCAAUCCUGAUGGGCUUAUCAUUAAUGGGCGUGGCUGGAAUGGUUACACCUUCGAAGUUCAGCAAGGGAAAACAUACCGAUUUAGAAUAUCAAAUGUGGGGUUGCAAACAUCUAUUAACUUCAGAAUUCAAGGACAUACCAUGAAACUUGUGGAGGUAGAAGGAUCACACACAGUCCAGAAUAGCUACACUUCAUUAGAUCUCCACGUGGGACAGUCAGCUUCAGUCCUGGUCACUGCCAACCAACCCGUGAAAGAUUACUAUGUUGUUGUGUCAUCACGGUUCACACGUCGUGUGCUCAUGACCACGGGUAUCCUACACUACAAGAACUCAAGGAUUGGCGUUUCUGGUCCUCCCCCUGGUGGCCCCACCACUCAGAUCGCCUGGUCCCUCAUGCAGGCCCGAACUAUGAGAUGGAACCUGACCGCGAGUGGACCCAGACCGAACCCACAAGGCUCGUAUCAUUAUGGUAUGAUCAAGCCUAGCCGAACGAUUAUGCUAUCCAAUUCAGCUCCUUGGAUCAAUGGGAAACAAAGAUAUGCUGUCAACGGUGUGUCGUUUGUUGCUGGAGACACCCCUCUGAAGCUAGCAGAUUACUUUAAGAUUGGUGGAAUCUAUAACCUUGGAAGCAUUCCUGACAGGAUGUCGAAUGGAAAUGCCUAUCUUGCAACCUCUGUGAUGCAUGCUGAUUUCCGGUCUUUUGCUGAGAUCGUGUUCCAAAACUGGGAGGAUACUGUUCAAUCCUGGCAUAUAGAUGGCUACUCAUUCUUUGUUGUUGGGAUGGAUGGCGGUCAGUGGACCCAAGCAAGCAGAUUGCGCUACAAUCUAAGAGAUACAGUUGCUCGUAGUACUGUUCAGGUGUAUCCAAGGGCAUGGACAGCAAUCUAUAUCGCCUUGGACAACGUGGGAAUGUGGAACAUAAGAUCAGAGAACUGGGUUAGGCAGUACUUGGGACAACAGUUUUAUCUUAGGGUGUACUCACCAGCCCAUUCCUGGAGGGACGAGCUGCCCAUUCCUAAGAACGCACUACUUUGUGGCCGAGCUAGGGGGAGGCACACGAGGCCUCUAUGAAACUAGAUAGCCGUUUUGUUUGGCUAAAACCUGAUUGCCACGAGAGGGUGGCUAUCUGGGAUAUGUUGUGAGGAACUACUUCCGUUUUUUUUGUUGUUUUUUUUUUCUGUUACCCACGGCAAAUUAAUUUUCAUUGCAACAUUAUUCAUUGUAGAAUUUGAACCUGGCCCUCAAUUGGGUAGGGUUCAAUUUUUAGACAUUGAUUUGUUCAUGUAUCCUAGAAAUGAUGUAUCAUUGAAUAAUUGUUGAGUUGGUUGGCUCAGUAAUAUUCAUGAAGCUUUGAAUGUUUUAAAUAACAUAUAUUACAGAUCGAA